CCUGCUCCAUCGGCACCUUGAUCUUCAACAAGUGAAAGCAUGAGAAAGGCAUGAAAAGGAACGGCACGUGGAAGCAGGGAUCAUUUCUGUAGGGAGAACUGCCCAGCUGAGGAAGUAUUCCUUCUGCAGGUCAUGAGGAUGGAGCGAAGUGGAUUUUCUCACAAACAGUGAAACUUGUCUGGUUUCAUUGGUGUUUCACGGAGAUGUCCUAAAUCCUUUCACUUAAGCUGGAACACAACAUGAACUUCAAACAUAUCUGCCGGACAUGGAUAAGAAAACGCUUUUACACACCUUGCAAAAUGUGAUGUUUGGAGGCCAGCGUCUCUGUCUCUGCUUCUUGGGUCUUCCCGUAUCCUCGUGUUAAUCUGGAGAUUACAGCUUUCUGCUGGAAUAUGCUCAGCGAGCAGCUCGGUUUUUGGAUGUGCUCUUUUCAAACGUGCUUCAAAAGAUUGCGUAAAACUCUUCCAAAUCGAUUUUUUAUGGAUUAUCUCCAGAUAAACAUCCACAUUUCUGUGAAUGAAUGCUAAUUCUGGCAUCUUAAAGUCUAAUGAAGGAGAGAAACAGAUUGAACUAUGAACUAUUUUGCUUGACAAGACUUUUUGGAAGUCCCUGCUAAUUAUGCAGGACUUUGCAAGCCCUCGGAUGUUCAGGGUAUCCCUCAUGUUCAAUGGCCUUGCCCUGAUAGGGGGUUUGCUCUCUGGGAUACUUUUACAAAAUGUAUCCGUGAUGGCUUGUCCCUCCAUUUGUCAUUGCAUUGAAAAGAAUAGCUUGAUGGUGGUCCAAUGCAUGUCUCGCAACCUUGAAAAGAUCCCACCAGAUCUUCCCAGAGAUACGGUUGUCCUGGUUUUGGCAGCCAACCACAUAACACACAUUCCCAACCAGGCCUUCAGAGAGCUGCAUUACCUUCAGGAGCUGGACCUGUCCAACAAUGACAUUGAGACGGUGGACAUGGGAGCGUUUCAGGGUGUUUCCGACAGCCUCCUGGUGCUUGAUUUAUCAAACAAUAACAUCCAAAAUGUCCCAAAAGAGGCAUUUGCCCGUCUGCGGGCAAAGAUUAACCUCUCGAACAAUCCGUGGCACUGUGAGUGCACGCUGCAGGAGGUCCUGAGGGAGCUGCGCCUGGACCCCGAAACCGUGAACGAGGUGAUCUGCCACACUGCGGUGCAGGAGGAAUACGCUGGUAAACCGAUUAUCCAGGUGCUGGACUCAGGGAUCAACUUCUGCACUUUUCACCACAAAACCACAGAUGUAGCCAUGUUUGUCACUAUGUUUGGAUGGUUCACCAUGGUAAUCGCCUACGUGAUCUACUAUGUAAGACACAAUCAGGAGGAUGCAAGGAGGCACCUGGAGUACCUCAAGUCACUGCCCAGCAACUCUCAGAUAAGCAAGGACUUUGACACUAUCAGUACAGUUCUUUAACAGGACAUGUGUGUAAUUGCCUGUGAGUGUGUAGAUGUGUUCUGACUGCAGGAAGCUUUAAAUGCAUCCCUUCAUUGGCCCAAAUCAUUUACACUGCAUUCAUCAUGAUCAGAACCGUGUUUCUGGGUAAGAAACCCAGGAAAACUAACAGUACCCCAGUAAGGAGAAUGUUGUCUUGAUAUCAACCUGAAUCUUCAUGUUAACAUUGAAUUGCAGGCGUUUCUAAUUGACUUGAGCCAUGCACUACCAGCCAUCACAUUCUGAAUUCAUUUAUCGCUAGUGGUUCAUGUCAACAUCAGAUUGGAAUAGAAUUACUAGGAACUGUUUGCAAACACAUCAUGAAAAUAAAUAUCUUACUGAAGACAUAUACACUACCGUUCAAAAGUUUGGGGUCACAUUGAAAUGUCCUUAUUUUAGAGGAG